AUGGCCUCUAGUAUUACUAGAAUUCAAUAUGAAAAUAGUUGUGAUGUUGGUGUUUUUUCAAAAUUAACAAAUAAAUAUUGUUUAGUUGGUCAAUGUGCCAGUAAACAAUUUUUACAUAUGUUUGAUGUUAAAUUAGCAGAUCAUAUUCCAGUUAUCGAAACCUCAAUUGCAGGUACUCGUAUUGUUGGACGUUUAACAGCUGGUAACAAGAAUGGUUUAUUAUUACCAAAUACAGCUACUGAUCAAGAAUUACAACAAAUUAGAAACUCAUUACCAGAUGAAGUUGUUGUUCAAAGAGUCGAAGAAAGAUUUUCAGCUUUAGGUAAUUGUAUUGCCACAAAUGACUAUGUUGCCCUUAUUCAUCCAGAUAUUGAUAGAGAAACUGAAGAAAUUAUCGCCGAUGUUUUAGGUGUUGAAGUUUUCAGACAAACUGUCUCCAGUAAUGUUUUAGUUGGUACCUAUUGUGCCCUUACCAAUCAAGGUGCACUCGUUCACCCAAUGACCUCAAUUGCCGAUCAAGAUGAAUUAUCAUCACUUCUCCAAGUUCCAGUUGUUGCUGGUACUGUCAAUCGUGGUAAUGAAUGUGUUGCUGCUGGUUGUGUAGUUAAUGAUUGGACCGCUUUCGUUGGUGCUGAUACCACUGCCACUGAAAUCUCUGUCAUCGAAUCCAUUUUCCAUCUUCAAGGUGCUCAACCACAAAAUAUUAUUAGCAAAAUUAGAAAUUCAAUCGUUGAUAAUGUAUAA